GCUGGAGAGUCGGGGGUUGCAGACUGCAAAGCGCAACACCUUCCAGCAUCAAGCCAAAAGAAGCAAGGCAGGAAGGGAAACGGUUUAACCAGGCAGCCUUCUCUGUGCAAAUAACACACCAGCAACAGCUACCAGCUACUCCGCCGGACAGGACAUCUCCAUGGCAGACAGAGACAAGAGGGGAGGGAUGUGACCGAAACAUUUAAACUGAGAGCAUUACCACAAGGAGACCCCCUCCUCCUGUAUCCUCUCCCCUUUAAAAAAGGGACACAAACAACACUAAGCGCUCAUUAGCUAGCACAAAGGUUCAGUGAGUGAUGUUCUGGUUGGCUUCAGAAUUCCUGGUAUGGUUUCCACACCUCGCAGAACCGAAUAACAAUUAUUGAUCUGCCAGGAAUAUAAUAAUAAAUAAAUCAAAUUAAAGAUAAAAGUAACGCAGAUGGAUCAACGUUAAAAGAUCUACAUGUAGUCGGGUCUGUCUGUUGGUGUUGGUGUUGCUGCUGCAGCUGCUAGCGACUGCCAAAACAAAUAUUGAAAUCAAGAAGGACAAAAAGGAUAGAAGUGUCUUUUUUUUUUUAAAAAAAGCAAGAAGAAGAAUUAGAAGAAGAAGAAGAAGAAAAAAAAACACCGAAUGAUUUUCUGACUUCAGAACUGGAGCGCGGAGCGGCAGCUGGGAAGGCGAUGUCCUUCAGCACCAUCUCAUCACUGUGUGCUGAAUAACACAGCAAAGCUGCGAAAUAUUUCCAAUUACUGCUGUGAUUUCUUUGAAAGAAAGGGAUACAGAAAACUACAGAAACUGGAAUUUUCUUUUCUUAAUUGGUAACUGCGAUACAUUUGUUUUGCUCGAAUUUAUAUAUAUAUAUAUAUAUAUAUAUAUAUAUAUAUAUAUAUAUUUGGGAUUAUUUUUAUUUUUUUCUAUACAGAAGCUCCAGACUGUCGCUGCCUUUCUAUGACUACCUAUAAGACAACAGGACAGGAAGCCAUCACCACUGCUUGCUGGUAUCUUGUUUGAUAACCUGCGAGAUCUUUAGUUUUUUAUUUCAGUUAUUACUCGUUUUUGUACGGUUUUUUUCCCCUAUCCUCACUCAUGUGUCAUUUGGAUCCGUCUUCUCCUCCGUGUACCGCAGCGUUAGUUUUUUAAUGGCUAAAAGUUGUCCGCGACAUGCCUAAGAGACGAGAUGGGCCAGGGCGACAACAGUGAUCGCAUUGUGAUAAACGUGGGAGGGACUAGGCACCAGACUUACCGCAGCACUCUGCGCACCUUGCCGGACACCCGGUUAGCCUGGCUAGCGGAACCCGAUGCCCACAGCCACUUCGACUACGACCCCAGGUUCGACGAGUUUUUUUUUGACCGCCACCCGGGCGUCUUUGCGCACAUCCUCAACUAUUACCGGACCGGCAAGUUGCACUGCCCUGCGGACGUGUGUGGGCCCCUGUACGAGGAAGAGUUGGCGUUUUGGGGUAUCGACGAGACCGACGUGGAACCAUGUUGUUGGAUGACCUACCGCCAACACAGAGACGCCGAGGAAGCCCUGGACAGCUUCGGAGGUGGCCCCCCCGAUCAGGACGAUGAUGGGACCGACGGAGAUGUCAUGGGGGACUCGGGAGACGGCGAGGAUGAGCUGGAAAUGACCAAAAGACUGGCACUGGGGGACUCCCCCGAUGCCAAAUCUAGGGGUUUGUGGCGGCGCUGGCAAAAGCGCAUGUGGGCACUCUUUGAAGAUCCUUAUUCAUCGAAAUAUGCCAGGUGGGUGGCUUUUGCUUCCCUGUUCUUCAUCCUGGUGUCCAUCUCGACGUUCUGCCUGGAAACCCACGAGGCCUUCAACCCCAUCAUCAACCGGACAGAGGAGGUGCUCGUGAACAAUGUGACCAAGGAGCACAUCUACCAGGAGACCGAGACGGUGGCCUUCCUGACCUACAUCGAGGGCGUCUGCGUGGUCUGGUUCACCUUCGAGUUCCUCAUGCGCAUCACCUUCUGCCCGGACAAAGUGGAGUUCAUUCGCAACUCGCUCAACAUCAUUGACUUCGUGGCCAUCCUGCCUUUCUACCUGGAGGUGGGGCUGAGCGGCCUGUCUUCCAAAGCGGCCAAGGACGUGCUGGGCUUCCUGAGGGUGGUCCGUUUCGUGAGGAUCCUGAGGAUCUUCAAGCUGACCCGCCAUUUUGUGGGGCUGCGGGUCCUGGGCCACACGCUGAGGGCCAGCACCAACGAGUUCCUGCUCCUGAUCAUCUUCCUGGCGCUGGGGGUCCUCAUCUUCGCCACCAUGAUCUACUACGCCGAGCGCAUCGGUGCUAAUCCCAAUGACCUAAGAGCCAGUCAGCACACACACUUCAAAAACAUCCCCAUCGGGUUCUGGUGGGCCGUGGUGACCAUGACCACCCUGGGCUACGGAGACAUGUACCCUCAGACCUGGUCUGGCAUGCUGGUGGGCGCGCUCUGCGCUCUCUCUGGGGUGCUGACCAUCGCCAUGCCUGUGCCAGUCAUAGUCAACAAUUUCGGAAUGUACUACUCCUUGGCAAUGGCUAAGCAGAAGCUACCAAAGAAAAAAAACAGACAUAUCCCCCGGCCCCCACAGCUGGGCUCUCCCAAUUACUGUAAGUUGGGCGUUAACUCGCCUCACCACAGCACACAGAGCGACACCUGCCCCCUGGCCCAGGAAGAGAUUUUAGAAAUAAACAGAGCAGAUUCCAAAGGGAAUGGCGAAGCAGCUAAGGCGGCGUUGGCUAACGAAGACUGUCCCCAUAUAGACCAGGCCCUAUCCCCUGAGGAAGGCCAGCUCUUUAGCCCAGGCGAGAGACGUGAACGCCCCUGCCUGCUCUUAACAACCGGGAAGCUGAAAUGCCCGUCUGAGGGAAGAGUAAGGAAGGGUUAUGAAAAGUCAACAUAGCUGGCAUGAGCGGAAAUGCGCUAGGACCGUCUUCAGUGUCUGCUGCUCCCUACAGUCCUCCUUGUGCAUCUCCUGUCCCAUCUCUUCUGUAGCAUUGAUCAAUAGCUGAGAAUGGUCUGUGUACAGCUUCACUGUCUGAUAACCAAUUGUUGCAUUGUCCUCUUCUCUUUUGUUUGUCUGUUUGCUGUAGUUUUUUUGUUUCGUGCCUUUCCCAAAAUGAAACCCGGUGACUAAGUCUGAAGGACACGUGUCUCACUGCAGCACAAAAAAAAAGGGGGUGCCGCUGAUUUGGCAAAACCCCAAACAAAAUCCAAAGCCCGAUUAGUAUUUGCCAAGCCGAUCUCUUCUCUGCUGGAGAUACGGCCGUGCACCGGGGACAAAAUCAUUGAAUUUGUCCCCUUAGCUAUUAAUUGUGGAAACACUGGCUCUUAAGCAAUGGGUUUAGCACUGGAGUUUGGAGGCAGCAACAAAUUUCCAGCAUUUGCAAAACUUUUUUUUUUUUCCCCCGAAGAUUUUCUUUUCUCUGGAUUUUCUUUUUGAGUCAUAGGAUGACCCAACCCCCCCCCCCCCCCCCCGCCUUAUAUCUCACUUAUCCCCCAAUCCCAUGCUACUCUCCAUCCUUAAGGACUAUCAAAGCGUACCGAGUAAGAGUGACUUUGCAUGGAGCAUCUCUCACUUGGGUUGAAUCACCUCUUAAAAAAAAAAAAGGAAAAAUGUUAUUUCUUUCUGGUUUUGGUCUCUUUCUCUAUCACCCACCUAUCUUUAUACACAAGACCGCGUCUGACACAGAUAGACAGCCUGGCUGAUUGACUGCAUGGAUUACACCCUGCUCAGAAGAUUCUGGCUGCCUCUCUGCAUGAAACCUCUCUCUAUAUCGCUUUGUCCUACUUAAUGCUUCUAUCUCUCACUGUUUUUUCUUUUUCUUUGAUUUUAUAUAUAUAUAAAAAGAAGUCAAUCCAUAAUGGCAACCUUUUUUAUUUUAUUUUUAUUUUAUUUUCAAAACAACGGGGCACUGAUUGAUGCUCAGGUACUCUGUAUUGUUUACUGCAGAUCACGUCCUUGCUCAGUGUAUGCACGCAGAGGUAGUCAAAGUGACCUGACCCAGGUGGAAUACAUCCUAAAGUCAGACAAUGAUAAUCUAUCCUUUUGAUCGCCUGUGUGUGGUUGGGAGAAGGACGAUAGCAGAGGGGGAAAUCAGCAGAAGGACGACAUUCAAAGAAAAAUAAAUGAAAGGAGAAAUCCUACUCUUCUUUUGAAUGGAUUUUGGAUGAGGCUCCAUGCAAGAUUAAGAAAACAAUUGUGCUUUGUUUCUUUGAAAGGGAAAACAGCCAAGAAGAUGAGGACUUGAGACUAUUUCUAUGGCUAAAAAAAUAAAUAAAUAAAUUAUAUAUAUAUAUAUAUAUAUAUAUAUAUAUAUAGUCAUUCGACUGUAGAAGACUCCCAUCUGUUCAUUUAGCAUGAGUUGCAUGAUGUAUUAUUUGAAAAAGCUGUACUUGUAAUGAAUAUCUUUAAGAACAAAAAAAAAUAUAUAUUUUCUUUCAAAAAGUUCCUUACUUUUACAUGCAUUUGAUGUAGCCAAAAUGUAAUACGGUGUGUGUGUGUGUGUGUGUAUAUAUAUACAGUAUAUAUAUAUAUAUAUAUAUAUAUGAUAGGAAGUAACAAGUUUAAGGACAAAUGUGCAAUCAGGCAGUCACUGGUCAUAUUGACCAUGGCCUUCAUAACGCUUCCUACUUAUGUAGCGAGUUAUUAUAUCUGUGUAGUUUUAAACUGUUAAUUUAGAUCUGUUUCUGUUGGCAUGCUUGUGACAAUUUGGACAAUACCAGCUGGGCUAACUUUUAAUAUAUUUUUUAAUUCUGGCUCUGGUUAUGUUGUAACUUACUGGUGUAUAGAUCCAAUGUGGAGAAUCUGCUACCGUAAGACGUAGUUCAUAUCACUCAUUAAAUAUGGACUUUUAACAGUGUUAUUUUUAAACAAAAU